GAACAGAGAGGCAGCCACAGACCGACUCAUGCAGGCAGACAGACAGACAUACACGGUCACACACAUCGUCCUCCCUGCUUGUUUGACGGUCGUCAGAGCUACUUAGUAUCCAUCACCAAUUCGCAUAGACGCAGCCACAUGGUGUGCACACAGAACUGAACUGCACGCAUGAGCAGGGGGGGGGGAUGUGAGUGUGGGAGUGGUGCAUAAAUAACACAGCGAUUGUCACCUUCAUCCGAUAGACACACGCACAUCCACAGACAUACACACAUGAUGAUACCUACGCGCUGUCAGUCGCCAUAAAGGCCGACAGGUAGGCAGGCAGGCAGGCAGAGAGGUGGGCGGGCAGAAAAUACCCACAGACACGACUGACACGGCAACAAGAGCCAGCCCCACACACGCUGUUGUACACGGCACAGCACGCACACCCACACGAAGACCAACACACAGAUUGUCGAAUUACUUGUCGUCACGUCGGUCGCUGGCAUGGAUAUAGCUAGCUAGGGCAGUCGUGACGGCAGCCGCGAUGAUGAAGUGGAGAGGCUGCUGGGGGAGCCCUCCUGCCGCGCCAUCGGCUGACGGAUCAUGCAGUAACCCCGCGCGCCGUCCUUGCUGCACACAUCACGCAGACACACACACACGAGACAGGCGGACGGGAUGGGCUGAUGAUGUUCAUUCUCGCCGUUGUGUUGACUGACCAGCAAAGGUAUCUCAUGACACAGGCCCCAAUGAACGAAGCGAACACAACCAACGAUAUCACGAUACCUGGCAAAGACACACAGACACAGACACGUCCACAUCUCUCUCUACACAUCUCCCUCCCUCUGUGUGUGUCGGGUCAGCCUCCAGAGUGCCAAAGUCACUGGCACCUACCGGCGAUCAUCAGGCCGUCCCCGCCCUUGCCGCCCUUGUCGCCCUUGCUGUGGCCGUCCGUGCUCUUGCCGCCGCCCGACGUCUUGAGAUGCGGCACACCCCCGGCCACCUCCGGCUUGUCCUUCUGCUUGUUGUUGUGGAGGUUCUUCUUGGCCUGGUCGGGCCGCGUCUUCUGAUCGACCGUCAUGUCCUGCUCCAGCUCCUCGCCCUCGUCAUUGUCGUCCAGGUGAUCUGACACACACAGACACACACACACAGCUGUGCGCAUCGCAUCCGCCCCGUCCGCCUAUUUAUUCGUUUGUCGACUGACUGACCAGAGAGGAUCUCCUUGGCCUUCUCGUAGUCCUUGUCGUCCUCAGGGUCGACAUCCUGCAGCUCAGGAGGGGGCUUCAGGAUGUCACCGGGGUGAGGCCGACCAGCACCGGGGGGCGGGGGCGCACCCGGACCGCCCGCACUGGGGCCCUCGUCCGACUCGUCGCCGCCCUCGUCGUCCUCGCCGCUGUCACUGCUGCCGUCUUCGUCGACCGGUGUGCCUGGUGGUGGUGGGAACGAGAAGAUCUCCUUGCACUGGGGGUCCUUGCUCUCUGGGAGGCACUCGCAGUGGUAGUUGUCUGGGCCCGGGAAGGGGAACCGGAUGCAGUCACCGAUGUCGCACUUCUCGUCACACGACGGGUCUGACACACACACACACACAGGCAGCAGAAUCGUGCAUGCAUCACUGUCCAGUCCACGUGGGCUCAGACUCGCUGGCUGGGUAAGCUUACUGACCGUGCACGCCAGCGGAGAUGACGCCGACAUUUCUCCAGCUGGAUGGCGUGUCGCACUUCUCCAGACAGUGGCAGACGGUGGCAUUCUGCUCCUUGGACGUGUCGAUGGUCAGGUUCGUCCAGGCCUGAACCGAUAUCGACCACACCGCCGGCUCCUUCUCGCAGCCCAACGGGUCCUCCGUGUCGCAAUCGAGGCCUUCCAUGGCCUCCCAGGGCAGGUCGGUGCCGCAGUCCUCGCCCUUGAUGACUUUGAGGCGGGAGCUCAUGCCGUUGCCCGACGGUGGGAGGCCCCAUCCACGGAGCCCCAUGCCGAAAAUGCGGUUGGCUGUGAUGUUGAAGUACUGCUCCUUGCGGACGCCCGAGAUGACGAGGUCGCCCACGUCGGACCACUGGCGGGGGUCCUGGCACCGCUCCCAGCAAUGACACACCUCAUACGCACCCGGGCGGGACACAGACACACCCGUCCACACCUGCACACACACACCCAGAGAGCCGCUUCCUUCAUUCGACUCGACAGCACACCCAUGUCUGCACCCCACAACUAACACACCUGUUUGUAGACGGUCUGCAGUGGUGCCGAGAGGUCGUCGAAGUCGACAUUGCCGUCCUCGUCGACGGGCACCGACUCCUCGUACAGGUAUGGCUCGGGCGGUGUGUCCACACCCACGCCCUCAGCCAUGGGGUCGUCGUAUGCGUUGCCGCAGAACAUGGGCAGGGUGUUGAACAGACGGCGGACGAGCUUCAGGCGAGCGGUGGGGUUGGUGCGCUCGGCGUGCAGCCCGUCGACACCAAUCAUAAGGUCGAACGUCGUGUCGACCUUCUCGCGGAACUCUUGGAAACGGACCACCUCUGAACGAACAAAGACACACAUCGAUACAUACGCAAAACAGCGGCGCUGGCCUGGUUGCUUUGUUCACCCACCGGGUAUCUCAAGAACGGUCCAUUCGUUGGCAGUGGAUGCGUUGAAGGUGUGUCCGGCCCAUCUGGGUGGGAAGAGGUCAAACUUGGCGAACUGCAAGGGGAUCUGGGAGGCAUCCUCCAGCUGCAUUGCGUCAGCCGAGGUGCUGUUGACGUGCAGGUGCGGCUGGUAGACCUUGACGCACCGCACGUCCACAGGCGACUGGAACUCGAAGCGCACCCAGGGGGAGCAGGAAUCCUCUUCCCUGACCGUCACGUUCAUCGGGUCGUAGUCGGUGUCGUCGUCGGCCUCGUCAGCUGUAGCGGUGUCCGACCCGUACGCAUCCUCAGCGUCACUGUACUGCAGCGCCCGCCUCACGUUGGUGUCGUUGUCAGCCGCGGGAGCACUGUCGCUGUCACCGUCGUGUUGCGACAGCCAACUGGGCAGGGUCACCGGCUCGCAUUUGAUGUCGAGGUUGGUACCCGUCUCGCUGUCGAUGAGAGAGUUGUACUUCUGGAGACUUUGCUCGUUGGCCUCAGGGUCGGCCAGGGGGUCCUGUGCGUCCUCUCCGUCGGCAGUGGCGUGCUCGGGGUCGCUGGUAGAGUUGGUGCGGUCCAGGGAGGUCACGAUGCGCGACUCCUCGGGGGUGAACUUGAUCUGCGUGGAGCAGUUGGUGUCGGAAUACAGCCUGAAUUGCGAAUGGAACGGAGAGCCGACAGACAGGUGAGGUCAGCAAAGGGGUGUGAGGUGAGAAGAUACACGUGGAUGUGCCUGUGCGUCACGGGGGCUCACUCGAUCUCUGCGACGUUGAGGGUCGUGUUGACUCCUGGCUUGCCCGUCAGCUGCCAAUAGCGGCUCCCUGCAGCACAACAACGACGCACACACGCGGCGAACGAACCAUCAUCAUCAUGUGCCAGCAGUGAUCUCAGCUCGCGUCACUGCACUCACUCACCCAUGGUGACUUGUGCCUUCUUCUCGCAGAUGAAGGGCAGGGGGUAUUCGCAGAAGUAGUCCCUGAAGGUGCCGUCGCUGCCCUUCAGGUACACGCAGUCGGCGCUGCAGUCGGGCUUAGACGCCUGGUCGCCUGCACACAUACACAACGGGCAUUCGACAAUGCCUUUGCGAGCGCCCUUAGGUGAGGCGUGAGUGACUCACAUCCUUUGGGUCUGGGCCAGUUGUUGGGUUCCCUGUCCUGUCUGCUGUGCAGCGCCCAGUUGGUGUAGUCGAAGGGCGUAUUCUUGCCCUCCCACUCAAAGAUACCCUCCUCAGACCGGUCGUUCAAGCCAAUCCUGACCACCAAGACACACAGCAGCACGGAGCACACCCGCGUCGUCCCUGUCUGUCUGGGUGACGGCGAGUGAUCCCUCUCUCUCUCUCUCUCUCUCUCCCGGCCGUGUGUACCAGCAGGAGUGUCUGGAGUUCCUUCCGCAUACGAGUGACAUGACUGCGUUGUCCUCGGGCGACCGGAUGCUGGCGAGUGUGGCCUCUACGCUGCGGCACAUCUCGGCCGCCUCCUCCCAGCUUUUCUGCGAUUUGUUCUUCCUGAAACACCGACCCUCGUGCCAUAACCAACCCGACUCACAGUACGUACUGCACCGCGCCGACACACACACAAAACACAACACAACACGUGGGAGAGCUGGGCUGGGUGGCUCUGUGCAAGCAGCGGUCUGUCUUCUGCCGUCUGUUAGUCUGUAACCUCGGAAAGGCGGCAGCGUGCUGCACGAGGACGGCGAGGGACGACAGGGCCAGCGUGAAGGCAAUCACCCCGGCCCUGGCUAUGUGCCGCCUCCCGUAUCUGGACUUGACAGCCUCUCCCUCCACGUCAGCAGCAUCGCUGCGGCGCGACGGAGGGGCAGGGGGGUGCCGAGGCGACGCCGCCAUCCCAAGACAGGAAGGAUCAGAAAGACAGUCAGAAGGAAACAAGUUGCCGUCCUGCUGAGAAAAGCCGGCCGCAGGGUGAGGAAGGGAGCCUCCUCCGUCUGGGGGUGCGUCAGCGCCUUCGCCUCUUCUUCGGAGAACAACCCACCGCG